UGAGAAUCGCGUCAGAUAAAUAUUGCCUGCAGAAACAUAUUACACGUUAAAUGCCAUAAUAGAUCACCCUGGCUACUUUAGACAACUACUUAGUCUGUGGCCGCAGCGGAUCUUAUCGACUUCGCGGCAACUAUUUUCUACCCGCACUUGCUGAACCUCUGGAGACCAUAUUUUCGACUCCGGUGCAUAUCUGGAUUCUCCUUACGCUCUGGCAUUGUCUCCAUGGAGUCUUUAUAGAUCUUUGUAUGAAACCACUCUCAGGAUCAGCUACAACCAGGGUCAGAGGGAGAUCGGUAUCCACGCGUGACUGGCUAGCGCGUCCAGACCUCAGCCUAUCUUCCUGAUUCUUGCUUAUAUUGAGCUAGAAGCAAGAUGGCCAGGGAUAUCCCAGGCUUUUAUUAUGACGCCGAAAAGAACAAAUACUUCAAAAUCCAAGCCAACCAUGUCGCGCCAUCGGGAUCCCAAUAUUCUGAAAGGGCCAUUAAGCAGAGACGACUAGAUGAGAAGAAACGCAAGAAAGAUAUCUUCCGCGCACGCAGAGUUGCAACGGAAAGAAUCAAGAGAUCAAGUUCCCUUGGGCACCCGCUCAUCGGGGUAGAAAGAGAAGUGAAUGCAGAGCCGCGAUCUAGGGGCAUCAUGUUCGAGCAGCAAGGAAGAGCAUAUGUGAGCCAAGUGCGACGAAGGGAGUUGCAUAAGUUUUGGUCUAUUAGAGAUACGCCAGAAUAUCAGCUGUGGUUCCUCCAGCGCAGUAGUCGCUCAGGGCUCAUGGUGGCAGGAAGCCUUAUUGGAGGCGAGUCGGUAAUCUCAAUGUGCUUUCCAGAAUCUCAUCGCGAGACUUGGACGUACAACAACUCAUUAGAGCGACCACUCUACAGAGAACCAUAUAGGCUCUCUUCAAUCUCUCUCAGUCAUACUGGAUUCCUUCUAGCAACAAUGGAUAGCGGACCAAGAGGCGAUUCAAUUCUAGCAACGAGAAGACUACCUAACCCCGAAGACAGAGAGGACAUGUAUAUAUGGCCCUCUGGUUUAACCCAUCCGACACGCAUGCCAGGGUCCUCAUCCCUAUGGUGCUCUUCUCCAUGUCCAACAGGAGACAUUCCACUUUUCGCCGUCGGAACCUCAGACGGCCUACACACCCUAGAAGGCAUCGGAUACGGCUGGUCCUUAUCCCCUAAACCAUUUCCACAUCCCGAAAAUACCCCCCUGGAUGCAAUCCCACCCAGACCGAAACAUUCACACGCCAGCGUAAUGUCCGUCGAAUGGCUUACUUCCGAAGUCAUCGUUUCCGGCUUACGAGAUUCCUCUAUCUUUUUCCAUGACCUCCGCAGUCGUGGUACAGUGACGAGAUUACAGCAUAACAGGUCUGUUGCCAAGAUUCGAAAAGUAGAUGAAUACAGACUUGCGGUGUCAGGACGACAGUCGCUCCAAAUAUACGACAUCCGCUACCCGGCCAACGGUCUCCAGACUCGGCCCAAACCCACAAGCCAUCGUCACUCUUCCACAAAGCCAUACAUCACCUUUCCAGAAUACUCCAGCGAGACUAUCUGCGAUUUUGAUGUUAGUCCUGAUCUUGGGCUCCUUGCCGCAGGUACAUCUCUCUCCAUCUUGCCCACCCGCCAAACCCAGAUAAACAAAACCCAAAUCACAGACCAUAAACCUGAACUAUUUUCCCUUAGAACGGGGCAAAUAGUGCCGUCGCCUCUUCAGGAAGCUCGUCAGCGAGGCCAGACGAGAGCUGUACUGUUCGAGUCGGGAGAUUGGCCUGCUUUGGGAACGCACACGCCGCGGUUAUUGGUAAAUGAUGGGCCCACGGUGCAGGAGUGGACGUGGUAA